AUGAGUACUCUCUACAAUAAACAUUUCUUCCCACUCGAGUCUAAUCCCGAUGUAUUCACCAAGUUAAUACAUUCCCUAGGGAGCCCUCCAUCACUGGUCUUCGAGGAUGUCAUAUCCCUAGAUGAGCCAAACCUCCUCCCUCACCCGGCACUGGCUUUAAUUCUGGUUCUCCCCACGACGGAGCGCUAUGAGAGGCGCAAGGAGACUGAAGAUGCACUAUACGAGACGAUCUCACAAGGCGACCUGGAGGAAUCUGUUGUGUGGUUCAAGCAGACUAUUAAUAACGCUUGUGGCCUUUACGCAACUAUCCACGCUCUGUCCAACACGCGCCUACAAGGUGCUAAUGGGAUUCAAGAACCGAAAUCUGUCAUGGCGACAAUUUUCGACACUCCUCCAGGCGAACGGGCACUUCUUGUUGAAAAUUCAUCGGCCGUACCUGGUAGUGCCGAGGAUGAGGUAGACCUUCACUACGUUUGCUUUGUUCGGUCUCAGAAGAACGGUAGGCUCUAUGAGUUGGACGGUGACCGGAAAGGGCCGCUUGACAGAGGUGUAUUGCUGCCUGAAGCUGACCUGCUCGGUUCCGGUGUGCCAAACGUCAUACGAGACUGCAUUCGAAUCGAGGCGGACAACAUAAGCUUCAGUCUUAUGGCCUUAGUGAGACGAGAUUGA